ACGCCAGUGACUGAGCCAGAAGACGUCCUUUAAAUAUAAAUAGCGUUGUAUCAGAAAUAAUUUGAUUGACUUAAAGAAUUGCCGUUUAAACAGGAUAAUGUCUGACCCAGAAAGAGGAGAUCGAGGUAGAAGGCGACCCAGGAGAAGGGGCGGUGGUCCAAACAGUGGCAAUAGAAAGAUUGAAAGGGAGGCAUAUGAUGGAGAUUACCAGUCAUCAAAGCCAACUAUCAUUUUGGCCAAACCAGCUGCUCUGGACUCGGGUGGAAGCACUCUUAGUACGAGCCCAUCUUCAACUUCCUCUUCAAACAAGCCAGACAAGCCUGUUGUCAUGGCGAUAAGACCAAGAGAUGAGACAUUCCCAUCAAGCUCAGCUUCUGUACCAUCAGGGGAAACUACACCAUCUCAGAUCCCCUCAGCCUCGCAUCGAACUCCCGCAGGAAUAGUCCAGACUGAUGGAUCCAGUCGACUCUCUGCUCCCCUUGAAAUGAACCAAAGCAUAAGGAUUGUAGACGACUGUCAUCAAUGGAGCGACGCAGGAAUGGAA